UCCAUUACUUGCACUUGCACAGUUGCACUUCAGAAAAACCCUUCACUCUCAGUCUCCUCCGUCUUUUUACUCCACGGACAAAACAAGCAAAACUUCUCGGGAAAUACACACUUCAUCAUCUUCUCCAACUCCAAGUGGAGGCAUCAAUCCUUACGGUUUGAAACAUCGAGAUAGGUGCGGAGUGAUUUACGGUUUCAAGACUCCAAUUUAGGGGAAAGUGAAGUCGCACAAGUCCAGUAAGUUGCGGAUUGAUUCAAUGAGUCUGAAUUAAUUUUGUUGGGUGAGUUUUCUAUUUGGGUGAAGAACCGGGUCACAAAUUUAAGUUCAGAACAGUUAUUCUCUCAGCUGCUGGGUGGGUGGGAUUAAAUGCGAACUGGAACUAGGCCAAGUUGAGGAUUAAAAAUCACCGGAACUGGAACUUGGUUGUUUCCUGCUUCUGCUUGGAUGCAGGACAAAGACUGCAAAUGCACAAAGUGUGCUAAUUUGGAAUUGUGUAUUAUUAGUCACAACAAUGUGCCGAAUAGGACGAGCCAUAAUGGAAUUAAUGACUGAAGCAAACAUUUUUUGGUGAUCCCAUAUAUAAGUAGAGGAGAUGUUCCAAUGGUUGCUGGUGAGUAGGGCAGGGGGCCUCUUUGUCUUUCGGAGAGCUUUCAACUACCAGCAGAAAUUUAGUCUUGUGAAUGUAAAAUUAAAAUGGGUGAAAGAUGGACCAUUGGAUGCCGUCAUGGCUAGAGAGAUGGAUCUUAAAGCAACCUGCAUCCUCGUUUCUCUUAUCUCGUCCUCUCAAGGCGGCUGCCUGCCCUUAUACCGCCUCUUUCCGCAUCGUGGACAACUUGGUCUUCCCCAUGAUCUUAAGUUGUCCACAUUUAUCCGGAGAUAUCCUACUAUUUUCCAUGAGUCCUAUGUUUUUGACACUGGAGGCACUCGAGUUCCUUGCUUUCAAUUGACCCCUGAAGCCUCACGCCUUCAUGAAGAAGAAUUGAAUGUUGCCAAGGCGAAUCAGAGGGAUCUAAUCAGCAGGUUUUGCAAACUGCUCAUGCUUACUAGGGAUAGGACCCUGCCUUUACAAACCAUUGACCAGCUUAAAUGGGACUUAGGAUUGCCUUAUGACUACUACGAUUCCUUGAUUACAUGCCACCCUGACUUAUUUUCUUCAGUUUCCCUACCUGAUGACCGUAUUGGCUUGAAACUUCGACUCUGGAAUGAUCAAUUAGCUGUCUCACAGUUGCAGAUGAACGCUGCUGUACAACAGAAGGAAGAAGACAUUAAAAACGGAUGCUUGGCAUUUCCUGUUAAAUUUACGAGGGGUUUUGGGUUGAAGAGGAAGUGCAUGUUAUGGUUAGAAGAAUGGCAGAGGCUACCUUAUACUUCACCGUACUCUGAUGCUUCCCAUUUGGAUUCACGUACAGAUGUAUCUGAGAAGAGAAUAGUUGGUGUCUUUCACGAGCUUCUCUGCCUUACCAUUCAGAAAAAGACUGAGCGUAAGAAUAUGAGCAACCUCCGUGGACCCUUAUCCCUGCCACAGAAAUUUACGAAGGUGUUUGAGCGCCAUCCUGGGAUAUUUUACAUUUCUAAGAAGUGUGACACUCAGACCAUUGUUCUUAGGGAAGCCUAUAAUCAUCAAGAACUCUUACAGAAGCAUCCUCUUGUAGAUAUCAGAGAAAGAUUUGCUAGCAUGAUGAGAAGAGGAUUUUUAGAUAGGAGCAGAGGCUUGUACAAAAAAAUAACGGAUACUGUUGUAGAGGAAGAUCCAUCGAAGAACGAUUACAAUUACGAACUUAGUGACAACGGGCAAGAAUAUAGUGUGAGAACUUUACUGUUCAAGCCGGGGGAGAUGGAUCAGGAGUCGCAACAGAUAUGAUGUCGUUGAAUUUGAAAGUCAAGAUUCACUACCCAAAUCCAACAACAUUGUUCACUGUACAUGUCACCUCUACUCCUUGUCAGCUUCACUAUUUCCAACAUCAGGUUGCCUCUGGACAGGUAUGCUCUCCAAAGGUAGGUUGAUCAACCUUUCCCCAUUCCCUUAUUGGGUAAGGGUUUCCUUUCUUUCUUGCUUUCGAUUAGGAUUUAGAGGUCCCUGCCCUCCAUUCUCUCAAGUACCUCUCCUCUUUCUCUGCUUGCUUUCAUUCCGCAUUCUUUGGCAUGAGUGUUUGGCUUCAAUGAACAUGGGUAAACCCCUAGAUGACGCUUUACAAUACAGAAGACUGAUAUGUAGACUUAUGUAUCUAGCUAUAACGAGACUAGACAUAAGUUUGCUGUUAAUACUUUGUUGUUAAUACUUGAAGUCAAUUGAUGAAAAAUCCUACGGACCACACUGAUUCGGUCUUCAUCUUCCCAUCUUCUGUCUUCUGUAAUUCAUUCAGUUGUUCAUACAAUUUAUAACUAUGUUGCUUUACAACGAAAAGAAGGAAUCUAAAAGUGUGAUGCUUUGCAUUUCCUAUUAAACUUAACCGGCUUUUAGGUAGAAGUUGAAGUGCAUGAUGGGGUUAAGAAGAUUGGCAGAGUCUACCUUAUACAUCACAAUACAUUGGUGCUUCCCAUUUGAAUCCAAACAUGAAUGUGUUUAAGAAGAGAAUAGUUGGGGUUUGAGCUUCUUUGCCUUCCCAUUUCGAAAAAGACCAAAUCUAAGAGUGUUAACAAUCUCCGUAAACCUUUUAUCCCUCCCCCAUAAAUUUACUAAGGUGUGUGAGCGCCUGCCUUGCAUUUUUUUUUUAUUUGUAAUUAGUAUGAGAUUGAUACCAUAAUUUUUAGAAAAAACCCUUUGGUGGGGGCUUUGGUGGGGGCUUGUACUAGAAACACAAUACGCUAUGACUGAUCCCUUUUCAAUU